AGCUGUUGUUGUAUAGCAAACUACUGUGGGGAUGAAGCUUUUUGCAGUCUUUAUUGCUCUCGUCCUCUGCCGUGAGCAGCAUGUCUUCGCAUUUCAGAGUGGCCAGGUUUUAUCUGCUCUUCCUAGAACCUCUCGGCAAGUUCAAGUGCUGCAGAAUCUUACUACAACAUACGAGAUCGUUCUCUGGCAGCCGGUAACAGCUGAAUUAAUUGUGAAGCAGACAGAAGUCCAUUUUUUUGUGAAUGCGUCUGAUGUAGGCACUGUAAAAGCCCAUUUAAACGUGAGCAGAGUUCCAUUCAGUGUCUUGAUGGCAGAUGUGGAGCACCUCAUCCGACAGCAGACUUCCAAUGACACCGUCAGCCCGCGGGCAUCUUCGUUCUACUACGAGCAGUACCACUCGCUGAAUGAAAUCUAUUCUUGGAUAGACCAUGUAACUGAGCGCUACCCUGAUAUGAUUAAAAAAAUUCACAUUGGAUCCUCAUUUGAGAAGCAGCCACUUUAUGUUUUAAAGGUUUCUGGACAAGGACAAAAAAACAAAAAUGCCAUAUGGAUUGACUGUGGAAUCCACGCAAGAGAAUGGAUCUCUCCUGCUUUCUGCUUGUGGUUCAUAGGCUAUGUAACUCAAUUCUAUGGGGAAGAAGGACUGCAUAAAAGUCUUCUGAAGCAUGUGGACUUCUAUGUUAUGCCAGUGAUUAAUGUGGAUGGUUACGACUACACAUGGAAAGAGAAUCGAAUGUGGAGAAAGAACCGUUCUUCUCACAGGGGCAAUCGUUGUAUUGGAACAGACUUGAACAGGAACUUUGCUUCCAAACACUGGUGUGAGGAAGGUGCCUCAAGUGUCUCAUGUUCGGAAACCUACUGUGGACUGUAUCCCGAGUCCGAGCCAGAGGUGAAGGCAGUGGCCAGCUUCCUGAGAAGAAAUAUCAACCACAUUAAAGCUUACAUCAGCAUGCACUCUUACUCCCAGAAGAUACUCUUCCCAUAUUCCUAUAACAGAAGCAGAAGCAAAGACCACGAGGAGCUGUCUCUAGUGGCCAGUGAAGCAGUUCGUGCUAUUGAGAAUACUAAUAAAAACAUCAGGUAUACCCACGGCAGUGGCUCAGAGAGUUUAUACCUAGCUCCUGGAGGUUCGGACGACUGGAUCUACGACUUAGGCAUCAAAUACUCGUUUACAAUUGAGCUUCGAGACACUGGCAGAUACGGAUUCCUGCUGCCGGAGCGUUACAUCAAGCCCACGUGCACAGAGGCCCUGGCCGCCGUCCUGAAAAUAGCUCGGCACGUCAUCAGGAACCUUGGGGGCCUCUGACCUGGUGGCUAGGCUUCGGUAUUUUAAUCCCCUGAUCCCAGCAAGGCCAAAUCAUUGUCCCAGUGUCUUUCUAAGCUAUCAGUUUUGUGAAAAUGUUUUCCUGAUCCGUGGUUUUGUCAAAGAACAAAAUAAAUGCUAAUUUGCAAUGAA